AUGGCAGCAACGCCAGGUCGCAGUGAUCUUUGUCAGACAGCACCUUUCACGCUUUUUCCGUCGCCGUUCCCCAAAAAAUUGUUCCGGGAAGCAAUGGACAUCCAGCAGGCAUGCUUUUACAGUCCAAUUAGUAAAAGUUUUAAAGAGUUAGUUGAUCACGGUAACACUAUCACCCAUGCCGUAAAUUUGCUAUAUUUUCGAGCGUCAUGGGAUUUCGAUUUUUUGAUCGAGGCGCAUGCUGAUGUUGUGCGUACUGAUGAUUUUAUUAGACAUUUUGUAGAUAUCUUGAAAGCAGUCCGUGACGCUAGUACAUGCCAGAAAAAAACUUUGUUGAUACAGCGAAACGAUUACAUGUGCCACGAAGAUAUGUAUGGGAAUCAUUUUUUGAGACAGGUGAUUAAACAUAUUAUGUCACUUCAACAUCAAGAAAUUUUUGAAUUAAAAAGGCGUUUCUAG